GCACAGGCAACAACUUCGGCCUCCACCAGGAGGGCUAGGAGAAGAACCGCAACCCUCCAGCUUCAAGACAGGCUGAUCUCCACCACAGGAGCCCCACAGAAGUGCUAACAGCAAUGAUGCCGUCACCUGGGCAGACCUGGAGCAUUGGAGCCCUGAGGACAUAGUUGCAGCUGCUGCCUUGGAUCCAGAAGGCAUUGGGCAGGGAAGAGCCUUGAAUCUUGAGGUGGGCUGUUAACUCUAAGAUGUCCUUGAGCAGCGGAGCUUCCGGAGGGAAAGGAGUGGAUGCGAACCCAGUUGAGACGUACGACAGUGGGGAUGAGUGGGACAUUGGAGUAGGGAAUCUCAUCAUUGACCUGGACGCUGAUUUGGAGAAGGAUCAGCAGAAAUUGGAGAUGUCGGGCUCCAAAGAGGUGGGGCUGCCAGCGCCCAAUGCUGUGGCCACAUUGCCAGAUAACAUCAAGUUUGUGACCCCAGUGCCAGGCCCGCAAGCCAAGGAGGGCAAGUCCAAAUCCAAGAGGAGUAAGAGUGCCAAGGACAGUGGCAAGCCUGCCCCAGGAACCUCCCUGUUCACUCCCAGUGAGGGAAGCAGUGGCAAGAAGGAGGUUCAGGGACGCUCUGGGGAUGGCGCAAACUCUGGUAGCUUGGUGGCUGCCAUCACCCCAAAGGGCUCGGAGAAAUCGGCCAAGACAUCCCGUAGUGUGGCCGGCUCCAAGAAGGAGAAGGAGGGCAGCUCAUCUAAGAGCAAGAAGGAAAGAAGUGAGGGGGCAGGGGCUCCGUCGGAGAAGGAGCCUAGCGUGCUUCAGCCUCUCGCUCUGGCUGUGAGGGUGGGACAAUAUGAUGGGGGCCAGGGGGCAGAACCUGCUGCUGCCGAGCAGCUUGGGAGUAUAGCUAUUGACACAGGAGCAGCACUCAAUCCCUUGGGAGUUAAACCAGAGCUGGAGGAUGGGGACAGUGAAUGCCGGCAGCUGAAAAAGGUCAAAUCAGAGAAGAUGGAGUCUCCGGUCUCCACCCCCGCGGUACUGCCACUGCACCUCCUCGUCCCUGUUGUCAAUAAUGACAUCUCCUCCCCAUGUGAGCAGAUCAUGGUACGCACCCGCUCGGUGGGGGUGAACACAUGCGAUGUAGCAUUGGCUACUGAGCCAGAAUGUCUGGGCCCCUGUGAACCCGGGACCAGCGUCAACCUGGAGGGCAUUGUCUGGCAGGAAACGGAAGAUGGGAUGUUGGUGGUCAACGUGACCUGGAGGAAUAAGACGUACGUGGGGACGCUGCUGGACUGCACACAGCAUGACUGGGCACCCCCUCGGUUCUGCGACUCUCCCACCAGUGACCUGGAGAUGCGGAAUGGCCGGGGGAGAGGGAAGCGCAUGCGUCCUAACAGCAACACGCCUGUGAAUGAGACUGCCACUGCCUCGGACAGCAAAGGGACCAGCAGCAGCAGCAAGACCCGGGCAGGGGCCAACAGCAAAGGGCGCCGGGGCAGCCAGAACUCCUCGGACCACCGUACCCCGCCCAGCGGUGCUGGUGAGGAUGUGAAGGCCAGCCCCUCCUCAGUGACCAAGCGGAAAAGCAAGCCCCUCUCUGACAUGGAGCUGAACUCGAGCUCCGAGGACUCCAAAGGGAGCAAACGCAUUCGCACCAACUCGAUGGGCUCGGCUGCCGUGCCCCCGGCCGGGGUCAAGGUGGAGCCUGCUGUCCUGGACAGGAACUGUCCCUCCCCUAUCCUUAUUGACUGCCCCCACCCAAACUGUAACAAGAAGUACAAGCACAUCAAUGGACUCAAGUACCACCAGGCACAUGCGCACACAGAUGAUGAUAGCAAGCCAGAGGCAGAUGUGGACAGCGAGUAUGGCGAGGAGCCUUCCCUUCACACGGACAUUGGGAGCUGCAAUGGGGCUCCUAUCUCACAGAAGGGUUCUCUGUCCCCGGCUCGAUCAGCCACCCCUAAAGUCCGGCUGAUGGAACCCCACAGCCCUUCUCCAUCCAGCAAGUUCAGCACCAAGGUCCCCUGCAAGAAGAAGCUGGGAGGGGAAGGAGACACAGAUCCUGGGGCCCUGUCCAAUGAUGGCUCCGAGGAUGGCCCCUCGGUGGCCGAUGAGACAAGUAAUGAUGGCUUCGACUCACUGGAGAAGAGGUGUGUUGAAAAGGACAAGUCAAAGAAGCCCGUCAGCACAAAGCCAGAGAAGAUCCCUUCUAAAAGCUUAAAGUCUGCCAGACCCAUUGCCCCUGCCAUCCCCCCCCAGCAGAUCUACACCUUCCAGACAGCCACCUUCACUGCGGCAAGCCCUGGUGCCUCCACCGGCUUGACCACUACUGUGGUCCAGGCCAUGCCUAACAGCCCCCAGCUCAAACCCAUCCAGCCAAAGCCAACAGUCAUGGGAGAACCAUUUACAGUCAACCCUUCCUUGACUCCUUCCAAGGAUAAGAAGAAAAAGGACAAGAAAAAGAAAGAGUCCAAGGAAGUUGAAAACCCCCUGACUCCCGGGAAGGUCUGCAGGGCAGAGGAAGGAAAGAGCCCCUUCAGGGGGGAAUCCAGUGACCUAGGGACCAAAAGCGAGGGGCUUCUGAAUGGUUCAUCUGAUCCCCACCAGAGCCGGCUCGCCAGUAUCAAGGCUGAGGCAGAUAAAAUCUACAGUUUCACGGACAAUGCUCCAAGCCCAUCCAUUGGAGGCACAAGCAGACUGGAGAAUGCCAACCCGGCCCAGCCUAUGACACCACUGCAUGUCGUCACCCAGAAUGGGGCUGAGGCCAGCUCAGUGAAAACCAACAGCCCAGCCUAUUCAGACAUCUCAGAUGCAGGAGAAGAUGGGGAGGGUAAACUGGAGAGUGUGAAGGCUAAGGACCCUGAGCAGCUGGUAAAAGAAGGUGCAAAGAAAGCACUCUUUCCUGCCCAGACCCAGAGCAAGGACUCCCCCUACUACCAGGGUUUUGAAACCUACUACUCCCCAGGCUACCCCCAGUCGAGCCCUGGGCCCAUGAACUCCAGCAGUCAGGCGACAGCAGAGACGCAGUCCCUGAAGAUGAAAAAGGAUGAGGAGCAAGAGAGCCCUGAGGUGAAGGUGAAGAGUGAAGGCAGUGAAGAGAAGAAGACGGAGCUGAGCAGCUCUAGCCAGCAGCCCUCUGUCAUCCAACAACGACCCAACAUGUACAUGCAGUCCCUCUACUACAACCAGUAUGCCUAUGUGCCCCCCUAUGGCUACAGUGACCAGGGCUACCACGCCCACCUGCUGAGUACCAACCCGGCUUACCGCCAGCAGUAUGAAGAGCAGCAGAAGCAGAGGCAGAACCUGGAGCAGCAGCAGCAGCGAGGGUUGGAGAAGAAAGCAGAGCUCAGCAUGAAGGAGAGAGAGGUGGCCCUCAAGGAGGAGUGGAAGCAAAAGCCCUCUGUCCCGCCAACCCUCACCAAAGCCCCCAGCCUCACAGACCUGGUGAAAUCUGGGCUGAGCAAGACCAAGGAGCAGGGGGCUGCUGACACGGCCAAGUCCGUGAUCAUUCCCAAGCUGGAGGAGUCCUCCAAGCUGCCCAGUCAGGUGGCAGAGGGACUCAAGGUGAAGCUAAGUGAGGCUGGCCACCUGGGGAAGGAGGCCACAGAGACAAAAGCUGGCUCUGAGUGCAGCCGGCAGGCGGAGGUGGACCCUGUUCUCUGGUACAGACAGGAAACAGAGCCCCGGAUGUGGACCUAUGUUUAUCCCGCCAAGUACUCGGACAUCAAGACUGAGGACGAGCGGUGGAAGGAGGAGAGGGACAGGAAGUUGAAAGAAGAGAGGAGCCGAAGCAAAGACGCCAUCCCCAAGGAGGACGGAAAGGAGAGCACAAGCUCUGAGUGCAAGCUAACACCCACUGAGGAGUCCCGCAUGGUGGGGAAGGAUCCCCGGCCCAGCGUCCAUGUUCCCGUGUCCUCCCCCCUCACCCAGCACCAGUCCUACAUCCCCUACAUGCACGGCUACUCCUACAGCCAGUCCUAUGACCCCAACCACCCCAGCUACAGGGGCAUGCCAACGGUCAUGAUGCAGAACUACCCAGGAUCGUACCUGCCCUCCAGCUACUCCUUCUCCCCCUAUGGGAGCAAGGCCUCUGGGAGCGACGACAGCGACAAGUCUCGAGCCAGCCCCAGCGUGAGCUGCAAAUCCAGCUCGGAGUCCAAGGCCCUGGACAUCCUGCAGCAGCAUGCCAGCCACUACAAGAGCAAGUCCCCCACGAUAAGCGAGAAGACAUCUCAGGAGCGAGAGCGCAGCGGCUGUGGGGUGGUGGGGGGAGGCGGAGGCUGCAGCACUGUCGGGGCAGCAGGAGGCGGGGAGAGGAGCGUGGACCGACCCCGGACCUCCCCUUCCCAACGCCUCAUGUCAACGCAUCACCACCACCACCACCUAGGGUACUCGCUGCUGCCAGCACAGUACAACCUGCCCUAUGCAACAGGUCUCUCUUCUACAGCCAUUGUUGCCAGCCAGCAGGGCUCCACUCCCUCCUUAUACCCACCUCCCCGGAGGACAUGAUGUGGUCGGAUAUCCUAGGCUGCCCCAAGUCAUGUGACUGGCUCACAUGAGGAAGCGCUGCAAAUUCCAUUAGACAUCAGUUGAAUGGUGUUAAUUGUUCUGUUUGACGUUCCUGCCAUAAUCUGAGGCAGACUCUGUCUUCUCCCCUGUCGGACACACGCUGAAUCCCCCCACCCCCCUUCCCUAUGCCCCUUUCUUGGAGAGCUGGUACCUACAGAAAUAUUUAUUCUACUGGCCACCGGCAUUCAGGAUGGAAGUGAAUCGCCCGCUGGGUGCAGAAGAAGAGGGUGCAGGAAGCACCAAGGGUUUCUGAUGGACUUGAGUUGGAAGGUCCCUCUGGAGGUCACCGCUUCGGAGCAGCCCAGGACUCGGGGCGGGCAGGGAGCACCAGCCCAUUGGGUUCACGUUGUUGUGUGCCCCUUGCACCUUCUGCUUGUGGCCGUGUUGGAACCAGGGAAGAUCUUCAGACAUCCGGCUGGAGAGGGAGUUGCAGUCUCAGGAAGGAAAGUUUGGGCUCUUCCCAUUUGUACCAACAUAUCGGGGGGUUGCCUGCAGCAAACACGUGCACAGUGGGGAUGGCUACUCCCAUCAUGGCCCGUGUGUGUGCACUGUGGGUGCAUGCGUGCACUUGUGGGGUGGUGACCUGGUGCCUGGGGGGACAUCCCAUGGUCUGAGCAGGGCUCCUCCCCUGUUGGAGCUGGGAAAAUCUGGUUCAGACUGCAGGUCGGGGAGUUCCCGUGCGUGCACUGAGCCCUAUGUGGGGCAGACCCUAGACCCAUCCUAAGACCUUUGCUGGAGGUGGUGUGGAAGUGGUUGUCCCAGUGCCCUGCCCCUCCCUGCAGAGUGCUCUGCUGCAAUGCCUUCUUUCCUCUGUUCACCACAGCGUCCCUUGCCCUAGUGCCCUGACCAGGCCUGCUGCCUCCCCCCGGCCCUUCUCUGUUACUGCUUCUGUAGGUGCAGCCCCUGCAUCAGCCCUUUGCCAGCGGGAUCCAGGGCUGCAGUGAAAAAUGUUCCUUCGCCACAACACAGCACAGCACAGAGCAGAGCAACCCUAGUUUUGCACAGCUGAGUUCCCCCUUGGAGGGCUGGCUCUGUUCUGGGUUUGCCCUUCCCCACCACCUCACAGUCCUCAGUACUUGGCCCAGCUCCUCCACCUGCCAUUUGUCAAAGCCACUCAGCCCCUCCCAUGCCAGCAGGGAGGCCACCCAGGGCCAUAGAAGUCAUAGAAAUUAAGGGCUGGAAGGGACCUCAAAAGAUCGAGUCCAACCCCCCUGCUCUGGGUAGGCAUACUGCUGAGAUCAAAUGAUCCCAGCAAGGUGUUGAUCCAGUCUCCUCUUGAGGACU